UCUUAUAAUUAGUAUUUCUUUAAUGAAAAAAACCUUAAUCCAUAAGCCUACAUAUAAACACAGUCUUGGAUUUGAAGGCAUCCGAAGAAAAUUUUGGUCUCGAUAUCCGGAAAUCUCCCCCUAAAAAUCGCAGCUUUCACUCGCAUUCUAUCGAUUACUCACUUCGAUCUAUGGCGUCUGGCUCAGCAGGUCGCCCUAACUCCGCCCCCAAAGCCUUUGAUUUUGGUUCCGAUGAUAUUCUCUGCUCAUACGAGGACUACGCCAACAAGGACUCUUCAAACGGUAGCCACAGCGAUCCCGUUACGAAUUCCAGCAAGCAGGAUUUUCACAAAGGUAGAAUGUCUUCUGUAUUCCCUGCUUCUGCCUAUGGUCAAGCAGAAGAUUCCAUCAAACAAGAUGUGAUUUCUACUGUUGAGAACAGCAUGAAAAAGCAUUCUGAUAACCUUUUGCGUUUUCUCGAGGGAAUAAGUUCACGCCUAUCACAACUUGAACUAUACUGCUACAACCUUGAUAAAUCUGUUGGAGAAAUGCGAUCUGAAUUAGCUCGUGACCACGAAGAGUCAGAUUCAAAGCUUAAAUCUAUUGAGAAGCAUCUACAAGAGGUCCAUAGGUCUGUACAGAUUAUAAGAGACAAGCAAGAACUUGCUGAGACUCAAAAAGACCUAGCCAAACUUCAGGUUUCUCAGAAAGAACCAUCUUCGUCAAGCCAUCCACAGUCAAAUGAGGAGAGGGCUUCAUCAGCUGCCUCUGAUCCUAAAAAGAAUGAAAAUGCAUCUGAGAUUCACAACCAGCAAUUAGCUCUAGCCUUGCCACAUCCACCCCACCAUCCGCCCCAGCAACCACCACACCAUCCGCCCCAACAACCACACUUCAAUCAAAGUGGAUAUUCUCCCGCCAAUCCAUCUCUUCAGAUGCCUCAGGCUCCAACAGGCCCCCAUGUUUCAUCCCGUAAUCCAAGCCAUUCACAUUUAAUCGAGAAGCUGGUUGGCAUGGGUUUCAGGGGCGACCACGUUGCCAGUGUAAUUCAGAGAAUGGAGGACAGUGGCCAACCUGUUGACUUCAACGCAGUUCUGGACCGGUUGAGUGCUUCUGCAGGUCCAGGUCCACAAAGAGCGUGGUGAGAGUUAUUUAGUCAUCCCCUGUUUGCGCCAGCUACUGGCCAUGACCAGCCACACAUUGCGUCUUUUUAAUGCACUGAAUAAAACACUGGUUUAUGAUUCAAUUGUGUCCUCGUACAUAUAUUGUCAUGGUUUGUGAGACUUGAAAAAUGAAUGUCGACUGUAUGAUUAAACCUUGUGUGAAUAUCUUCUUCUACUCUCAGUUUCAAAUCUUUCCAUAUGAUUGAUUCUCUCUUAA